CCAAGCUCAGGAGACACAGAUAGCUCAGACAGCACACUGGUCUGGGGCAGCAGGGGCUGAUAUCUAGUAAACAUAGUAGAUGCACUACCCAAGAGGAAGACUGAAUAAAAUCAUCUGUCACUUAAACUGGAUCCCUUUGAAAGAUGAGAGGUGGAGAGUAAGAGAAUACGCACAUUGAGAGAAGUCCUCCAUGGAGCUUGAUGGGACUUUAACAAGUUGCUGCCAAGGAAGGAACCCUCCUUCAACCCCAGUCAUCCUUAAAACCCUUUUUCAUCUUCAGCGUUGCUGGAAAAGUGGCAUGGAACACAGCAGAUAUCUUUGAAGAUUUUCAGAAGGAACAAUUAGUAGUGACAUUGUUUGGUCAAGAGCUUUUAAGAAACGUGAACGAACUGAAAAAGACAAGGUAGGACUAGACAGAAGGUUUGGUUUCUGAGCUCCAUACUGGCCACCCCAUAACUCAUUUGACUUGAAUCUCCAGGGUGGUGAGGGUCAAAGAAGAAAAGCCAUGGAUGUAGCCACAGAGAGUGUUCAGGAGGUGAAGGCAAGCGAGGCUCUGGUUCAGUUUAAGGCCACAUUGCAAGCUGCUGUCAGGGAGGUGCACGUGGACGUAAGUGCUUUCAAGCAACGCAUAGAGCAGAGGAUUGAGGAGCUCUGCAUUUCCAAUGGACCCCUGGCCAGCGCGGUGGCUAGGCUGCAGGAGGAGAACCUGCAGCUCAGGGCAAAGCUGGAAGCCCUUAGCUGUCUGGUGGAGGGUCUCGCAGGGGUAAAGAUUGAGAAGAGCCUUGUAGAAGUAAAGGUGAAAAACGUGGAGAGUAGUGUAGAGAAUGGACAUGUACAGAUUCAGUCCAAGACCCAGGAAGACCAGAGAGAUUUGUUUGACUCUGGCAUAUCAGAGAGCAGCCAGUCAAGUCAGUCCACUUUCACAUACACUGAAACAUCAGGGUCAAGCGGAGGAUCAAGCCAGUCUGCUGCUGCUCUCAUCAACACCCGAGCUCCUCCUCCAUGGAGAGCAAAGAGACAUGCUGAAAUUAACGGCACUGAUUCAAAAGGAGAGAAAAGCUUUGCCCAUGUUGCCACUACCGCACAAGAGAAUGGGAAUCAAGAAUGCUCAUUGGUGGACUCGAAUGCAACCCAAACUACUGAAGUUGUUCUCCAGUCCCACCAGUCUGUCACUGCCACCAUGAAAACAAGCUCAGAGUCUUCAGCCUUAACUAGCUCUCUUCAGUCAACCGUGGACUUCCCCAACAAGCCUGACCAGGAAAUAUCAGGUCUUCUGAGCAGACCCCAUCAACCCCUCACUGCAGUGACAAAAGCCAGCUCUGAAGCUCCAGCUGUUCCUCCAUCUCCUGUGUCAUUACCCAAAACAACAAAAGAAUCUUCAGUAAAAUCAGUAGAGCCUCCUGCUAAAUGUGAUGCUGAUGAACCACAGCCCCAUCUUCCUGUCACUGCCAUGACAACUAAACCCAGUCAAGAGGGUCUGAUUGCCACCAAACCUGCCCAGUCUCCUGCAUCGGUGACUAACGCAACUGGUCAUUUUACAGGGGAAGCCACAACAGGGGAAGUAGGGGAAUAUUCUUUUAUAAGAGGUACAUCAUCUGUAGCAAAGGAGCUAAGGUCCCAGGUAUCCCAGGAGCAGUCAGGCUCUGUAUCUCAGUCUCUUGUCCAUCAUCCUCUCACCGCUUCAAUACCAGAAUCCCCAACAAUGAAACGUGGCGAAUAUCCAUUUAGACGUGAUACCGUGAAUAUCUCUGCCAUGACCACAACCAACACAGAGUCUUCAUUAUCUGCUUUGAUAGCUCAGUCUCCAAGUCUUUCAGCAUCACAGGAUGCUGCAGUAAAACCUGGGGAAUAUCCCUUUAAAAGAGUGCCAGUUCUCAAGACACCCAGUCCUAGUCUAAAGAGAAGCGUGAGCUUUCCUCAACCUGCGGAAAAACUGCUUCCCUCCAAGUCGGUCAUAAAAUCUGGUUUCUCGCCUAAUUUGGACAAGAAAGUGAACAAGACAGUGGGCAUUGAGUUUAAGCAGGAUGUGAUGAAAUCACAAACACUUCCACGGCCCAGUGGUGCUCAGGCCAAAAGGGCUCUCUUUGAGAGGAUGAACACAGAGCCCACAAAGCCAAAGGACUCAAAGGAUUCCAAGCCUAAACUGAAGCGCUCUCAGAGUUUCGGAAUGUCCAGUGCCAGUGGUAUAAAACAGAUCCUCUUAGAGUGGUGCCGCUCAAAAACCAUUGGCUAUCAGAACAUAGAUCUCCAGAACUUCUCGUCCAGCUGGAGUGAUGGAAUGGCUUUCUGUGCUCUGGUCCACUCUUUCUUCCCACUGGAGUUUGAUUACAACACGUUGAACCCUGCAAACCGCAAACAAAACCUCCAGUUGGCCUUCACCACCGCAGAGGAGCAGGCUGAUUGUCUCCGUCUGAUCGAGGUGGACGACAUGAUAGAUAUGGGGGACAAGCCAGACCCCAUGUGUGUGUUUACAUACGUCCAGUCCCUCUACAACCACCUGAAGAAGUUUGAAUAACUCUGUAUCAGAGUAGAUUACAAAGCCUAGAUGCUAUUAACCACAGUGUGCCAUGAACACUUUGAAUGAGCGGACUAACAUGUAGCACUAAAUCAGUGUCUGACAGGCAAACUAAGGAAACCACUGUUGUUAGAAUCACAUAAACAAAUAUUUUUCUCAUAAAUAUAUUUCUCAGUUUUAUACUGUAUGUGUGUAUUCACCAGAUUUCCUUGUGAAUUUAUAGUCGACUGACACUGAUUCUUAAAAUGCAGUUUCUUAUGACAUGUAUUGUGAUGUGUGUGGCUCUAAUGUUGCUGUAUUUAAAAAGUGGAGGUUGUUUUUCAAUAACAAUAAUGUAAUCAAAAAUUGGAAGAUUACCUUACAGUUAAAAAAAAAAGAAGAAAAAUUGCGAUAGCUGCUGUUGAUUAAUAAGUGUUUGGGAACAUGAGCAUUGUUACAAAAGAAAAAGGAGUUCUGAACAAGUGUAGAGAUGCUCCAGUAACAAUAAACUGGUGUCUUGCUUCAGUUGGGUAUUGUAAUGUGGCAAAAUAAAGCAAUUUUCUAAUACUU